AUGUCGCUGCCGUAGCGGGGGACAUGGCGGUGGCGGCGGCGGCGUGGUGGGCAGUGACGGGGAUCCUGGGGCGCUGGGCACCCCUGGCCGCCCGUAGCACUGGCCUCGCCGCCCGCAGUACCGGUCUCGCCGCCCGCUGUGGCGUCAGGCAGUUGUGGGCACCGGCGGCGGCCCCGCUGAGGAGACCGCAGCCGCCGCUGUGGGGAAGCGUGCCUGGGGGAGGCACCGCCUCGGUGCUCAGCAGCGUCACAUCUCUACUUCCAAGUAUCCUGCACCAGCCAGCCAGGACUGUCACCUACUAUAGCAGAAAGCGUGGAAAGAGGAAGACAGUGAAAGCUGUCAUUGCUCGGUUUCUCCGGCUGCACAAUGGCCUUUGGGUUAGGAGACAGGCUGGUUAUAAGAAGAAACUGUGGAAGAAGUCAGCUUCCCAAAAGAAGCGUUUGAGAGAGUUCAUGUUGUGCACAAAAACACAGUGUAAACUCCUCGAUAAAAUGACCACUUCCUUCUGGAAAAGAAGGAAUUGGUAUGUGGAUGAUCCCUACCAGAAGUAUCAUGACCGCACGAAUCUUCGUUUGUAGGAGUCUUGGAUUCACUUUUGCAUCUCUUUAGGAAAGAGGUAGUGAUGCCUGUGGUAUGGUCUUAAUUUCUGACAUAUGCAUGUCACCUCAUCAGAACUGUGGGUAUGAACACCCCAAAUAAAGGAAUAUUCAGGAUUUAUCUUCCAA